AUGAAAUAUAAGACUGACAAGAAAUAUCAGAAUGUUUGGCGUAACUACAGUCAUGUGAAAUACAAAAAAAACGCGUCUUUUCAAAACAAAAUAAAACAGCACAACAAAACGAAGUACCAGGAAAAUGAAAACAUACGUGUACUUAAAACCCAAAGAAGUUUAAACAGAUCUAACGCUUCUCAGAAAAAACAAAAAGACAUUGAUUGCGCCAUUGCUCAUUUUCGACAGAACGUCAGCCGUGGACCUGAACAUCCGUGUGCAUGCUGUCAUCGUUUGCUGUUCAGAAAGCAGGUCAUUGAGUGCAAACCACACAACUAUGAAACCAAAAGCAUUGAAGUUGCUAAGCUGGCCAAGAGAUGCAUAACUUUCAAAUAUUUGCACAAGUGCGACAUUGACUGUAAGCCUGAAUGUCAUUUGUCUGAAAGCCCAUUAAACAAGCUAUGGAUUUGUUACACCUGCCAUCGCAAAAUUCAAAAUAACACACUGCCUGAAGAAAGCGUAACCAACAAUUUGCAAUUGGAUGACAUUCCAGAAGAGCUGAAAUGUUUGAAUUCUUUAGAGCAACAUUUAAUAGCCAAAAACAUCUGUUUUUUGAAGCUGCUCUGUUUGCCUAGAGGACGCCAACGCGCUUGCCACGGUCCUUGUGUCAGUGUUCCUGUUAAUUGUUCAACUGUUACCAGCAUUCUGCCACGAGAUGAAGGUGACGAUAAGAUGAUUCGAGUCAAGCUCAAAAGAAAGGUCAGCUACCGAGGCCACUAUGAAUUUAUGUUUGUCCAUACGGAACGAGUCCGAAAGGCACUGCAGUAUUUAAUCCAAAACAACAGAUGGUAUGGUGACGUCAUUUUGAAUGAUCAAUGGGUGAACUCUUUGGAUGGUACUGACCAAAACGAUGAAGCGGACAAUCACAACAAAGACAAGGUUGACGACAACAACAGUGACAACAAUGAGGAUAAUGAUGACGCUGAACAAAACGAGGAGGAAGAUUUGACUUAUAUUAAGCAUCAAAGCGGCCUGGUGUCAGAUACUUCCUUGCAGCCUGUCGAUGUCGGUGCAGAAAUUGUUGAUCAACAUUUUCAAGACAUACUGAACAUGGCACCUGCUGAAGGAAAUUCACCCGUCAGUCUGCUAUCUGAUGAGACGAAUGAAGCAAAGUGUUUCCCUGUCCUGUAUCCGUCCGGUGGGCCUACAUUCCAUUCUGAAAGAGAGUCAAAGAUAAGUCUGUCAAGAUAUCUGAACACACGUAUACUGAAUGCUGAUGGACGCUUUGCACGGAACACAGACUUUAUUUUCUAUGCACAGUAUAUGUCAGAGGUAAAUCAAGUGCAGUCGAGCAUAUCAGUCGCGUUGCGCAAAGGCUCUCAAAAAGAUGUGUCACCACAGACGUUGCUGAACUCUGACUCUCUGCAGGAACUAUUGCGGAAUGAUGAAGGCUACAAAUUUCUACGGGGCAUUCGUGGCACACCCCCAUACUGGAUGUCGGCACAGAAAGAUUUGUUCGCCAUGAUACGACAACUGUCAAUACCCACGUUUUUUGCAUCGUUCAGCUCCGCCGAUCUAAGGUGGCCAGAUUUCCUGUCCAGUCUCCAAAGGGCGGAGGGAAAAGAACCAAAUGUUGCUGAUCUUGACUGGUCUGAACGAUGUGGACUCAUACGCAGGAAUCCAGUAACUUCAGCGCGAAUGUUUGAUCAUCGCUGGCACACUUUUCUCCGAGAUGUGAUCAUGUCACCGGCUGAACCUAUUGGCAAAAUCAAAGACUACUUCUACCGCAUUGAAUUUCAACAACGAGGCUCGCCCCACGUGCACUGCCUGUUCUGGGUUGAAAACGCGCCUAAGAUUGACAAGGACAGUGAUGCAGACGUGACGUCUUUCAUCGACAAGUACAUUUCGUGCCAGCUUCCUUCAGAUAAAGAUCCAGAGCUGUUUGAGAUAGUUAACAGCGUACAGAAGCACAGCACAAGACAUUCGAAGACUUGCCGCAAGAAGAACACAGUGUGUAGGUUCAACUUCCCCCGGCCUGUGUCAAAUUGCACUUUCAUCACAAGAGGCGUUAGCUCAGAGGAGCUGAAUGAUAAGGAUGAAGUUAAACGAGCGAGCGAAAUCAUCAACAACGUCAGAGCUGCGUUGACUACGCCAGGCUUUAAUGCCAAUUCGACCGAUGCAUUCUUUCAAUCCCUGGGGAUAGAUCAAAGCACGUUUGAAAGGGCAUACAAUAUAUGGUCCACAAAGAAAAGCAUCGUCAUGAAACGAGAUCCUGCAGAGGUUUGGGUAAACCAGUACAAUAAAGACUUACUUCGAGCUUGGCAAGGCAAUAUGGACAUACAGUUUGUCACGGAUCCAUUUUCUGCAAGUGUUUACAUCCUUUCCUACGUCACAAAGGGAGAACAGGAAACUGGUUUGCUGUUACAACGUGCCCAAGCCGAAGCGAUUGGUGGCAAUAUGGAUGCAAAAGCGGCAUUCCGACAGCUUGGAAGCGUGUACCUCCACAACAGAGAAGUCUCAGCUCAGGAAGCAGUGUAUCGUUUAACGCACAUGCACCUGAAGGAGUGCUCACGCGAUGUACAGUACAUUCCCGUUGGCGAAAAUCCCAUGAGAAUGAGUUUGCCUUUGCAUGUGCUUCAAAGCCAAUCACGUCAACAGGGUGGAGACAACAGCAGCAUUUUCAUGACCAACAUCGUCGAGCGAUACGAGAACAGACCUCAGUCGGAUGAAUUUGGAGAUUUAUGCUUGGCCAGUUUUUGCUCCGAAUUCCGAGUUCUUUCAAAGUCUCAGGUCAAAGCCUCGCAUCAUGUCACGGAGCUCAACAACAACUGCGGCUAUGUGAAAAAGAGAACGCGCAGUCAACCUGCUGUUGUGAGAUACCCUCGAUUUUCUCCAACAAGAGACCCAGAAAAGUACUUCCACAGUCUUCUACAACUUUUCUUGCCGCACUAUGAGACCUGUCACCUCAAACCACCCCCGUACGAGACAUACCAGCAAUUCUACAACGACGGCGCAGUUAAAUGUGGUGGUGUCCUCCAAACUGUCAAGUCGAUUGUGGACAAGAACAAGGCUCUGUUUGAAAAAGAGAGUGAUGAGCUUGACAAAGCUAGCGAGUUGCUUCAGCAGAACGUUGAUCUACAAGACGCUUGGUCAAAUCUUUGCCCGGAGCUUGAACGUGAGCGCCUUCGUUGCUUGGAUCUCAUGAAAGACAGAGUUGUAGACGAAGAUUGCGAUGGCACCGAUAUCCCUGACCUGACGGCCCACCCGCAAACCGCAUGCUCGUUGGAGACGAAUCACGUGACGAUGCCCAGACAAGAUGCGUUGGAUUUAUUACGAUCAUUGAAUGAGGAGCAGUCUGCUGUCUUCUAUGCUGUUCGCCAUUGGUGUUUGCAGAAAAUUUCCGGACAGAAGCCCGAGCCAUUGCGACUGUUUAUCGGAGGAGGCGGAGGCUGUGGGAAGAGUCAUUUGAUAAAGGCCAUACAUUACGAAGCUACAAGAUUGUUGUCCCAACUUGCUGAUAAUCCAGAGGAGCUCACCGUGCUUCUAACGGCACCUACAGGCGUGGCAGCGUACAACAUUAAUGCCGCGACGAUUCACAACACCUUUUCGAUUGGCGCGAAUGCGAAACUGCCCUAUCAACCCCUUGGUGACGAAAAAGUGAACCGUUUAAGAAAUAAAAUGAGGAAUUUGCACAUUUUGAUCAUCGAUGAGAUUUCAAUGGUUGAUCACAAGCUACUCUCGUACAUUCAUGGCCGUCUCCGUCAAAUCAAACAGCCUGGGGAUCACGCUUUGUUUGGUACCGUGUCGUUGUUAUGCAUUGGUGACUUUUACCAGCUGAGACCUGUGAAAGGAACACCUCUUUAUGCUGACAACAAAGGAGUCAACCUGUGGGAGAACAACUUUGAAAUGAUUGAGCUGACCAAGAUCGUGAGGCAACAAAAUGCAGCAUUUGCAGAAACGCUGAAUCGCCUCAGAGUACGCAAGAAGAACGAACCUCUGAACGUCCAUGACGAGCUGACACUGAAGCAACGCGAAACUGGAGAAGACUCUGAUGCCAUUCACUUAUACGCCACAAAUGCAGAGGUGCAAGAAUAUAAUGUCAACAUAUUGCACAAGACGUGUCCAGAUGCCAUACAGAUACCAGCUGAAGAUUUCGUACGAAACCCCAAAACUGGAAGAAUGGAAAAGAUGACUGGCUUCCACACCAAAGUCUUCAAUUCGUGCUUGCCCAAAUGUGUUCAGGUUGGUGUUGGAGCAAGAAUUAUGGUCAAACGUAACGUUUCGGUUGAAGAUGGGAUCUGCAAUGGUUCGUGUGCACGGGUUGUGGAAAUUAUCAGAGGUGAAGAAGAUGGCGACAUGCCUAAAGCCAUAAUUGUGGAGUUCGAAAAUCCUAAUGUUGGAAAAUUGCAACGAGCAAAGUCUAACAGACAAUCUGAACGGACAACGGUGCUGGAAGUUCAGGAAGACGUCAUCAGCAAUUCCGGAGGCGUGCGAAGGCAAUUCCCCAUUGGUUUGGCGUGGGCUGUCACUGUACACAAGUGCCAGGGCCUUACACUUGAGAAAGCAGUCGUCUCUUUGCGCAAAAUUUUUGCUCCAGGUCAAGCGUAUGUUGCACUUAGUCGCGUGAAAAAUCUUGAUGGACUGAUUAUUCAAGAUUUCAAGGAGUCUGCUAUAUUUUGCGAUGAGAAAGUGGAGUCAGCCAUGCAAAACAUGCCCAAGUUCAGCUACGGAAGGUCUAUUUUGUCUGAUGUUGUAUGCCGGAUCGCGUUGCAUAAUGUGCAGAGUUUGAGAGCUCAUAUUAAAGAUGUCCAAGCCCAUAAUGUUCUAAUGACAGCUGAUUGUAUUUGUUUAACAGAGACAUGGCUGAAGGGAGACCCCGGAGACGAACCACAACUUGCAGCAUACAACUUUGAACACAACCCGAGAGUGAACUGUUAUGAUGAGUCCGAACCAAUCUUUGCAGGGUUGAGAGGGAAAAAAGGAGUUAAUGCAGGUCAUCUCUGAAGUCGACAAACACCCUGGGAGGAAAUUCAUAGUGGGCGACUUCAACGAGGACAUCCUUGUGUCAUCUACGAUUGCGAAGGUACUGGAGCAGCA